GGGAGGAGGGCCUGUGGUUUUUCUUUUUGAUCAAUUGCUGCAACACUGUCCUUCAGGCGGCUGAGGGAGUUUCAUAUUUUCUUUAGACAUCGUUAGGCACCGAAUUUCUUGCAAGAUAACUUUGAUGCUAUAUGAAUUCUGCCAUUUUGCUAGCACUGAUGUGGCUCUUGGGUCCACCACUCCGUUAGAGCUAUUAACUCCAUUCAUACUAAUUUUUGUUGCAAAUCUUACAAAGGGCAGUGCUUCUGGGUAUUUAGGUCCACAUUCUAUUUUAAGGCUGUAUAUUUGGUUUCCAUACAUUGUCUGAGCCUGUGGUGGCUGCCCUCUUGCGUCACUGUCGCUAGAAGGCUGGCUUCAUUUAGUUUUUGUUCCCAUUUUUCUACUCAUCUGUCCAUACACUGGAUAAAGGAAAUGGGAGCCACCAGGUUUUCACAAUCACACGGUCAUACAGUGUAAGCUACAUAGUUAUGCAAUUGUCUUCAAGAAUCAAGGCUACUGAGUUACAGUUUGACAGUUUCAGGUAUUUCCUUCUAGCUAUUAGAUUUGGGGGUGGUUUCCACCAUCAUUUCUUCAAAUACUUUUUCUGCCUCUUUCUUUUGCUCUUGUCCACUGAUGUACGUGUCCAUAUGCUUGAUGGUGUCGUAUAGGUCCCUCUGUCUCUGUUCAGUUUUCUUCAUUUUUUCCUUCUUUCCUCAUACUAGAUACUUUUAAUUGUUUUGUCUUGAAGUUUACUGAUCCUUUCUUCUGCCUCUUCAAAUCUGUUGAAUCUAAUAUGUUUUUCAUUUCAAUUACUCUUCUUUGCACUCUAAAAUUCGUAUUUGGUUCCUUUUCAUAAUUUCUCUGCUCUCUCUCUCUUUUUUUGUUCAGACAUUUUCCUAGUUUCCUUUAGGAAAUGUAAGACAGUUUAAAGUCUUUGACAUCCAAGUUAUGAGCUUCCUCAGGGCUGGUUUCAGACAAAUUCUGUUUUUCCUGUGAAUGGGUCAUUCUUUCCUGUUUCUUUAUGUGUGUUGUAGUUUUUAGUUGAUAACUGGCCAUUCUGAUUAUUAUGUUGUUAUAAACCUGGAAACAUAGUUCUCCCACUCCUCUGGGAUUGUGUUCGGGUUUUUUUUUAGUUGUUGAGGUCUGGAGCCUCCUCAGUCUGUGACUUUUCAAACUGUUUUUGCUCUCAAGUGGGAAAUGGAAAGAAAAAAGAGGGGGUAAAAAUAGGUACCACCUUUUUAGAACUGCUCUGGCACCUUUGCCUGAGGGGUUUGGGACGGUGGCCACCCUCAGAGCUGCCCCCAGAGACCUGAAACAGCUGAUCCAAGGCAGGGAUCCGCAACCAGACGGCACACUCUGAUUUUAGAGAACAAGGUGCUUAUGGCCAGCCUGGCACCAGCUGGCUCCACCAGAAGCUGGGGCUGCACCCCCACUGCUGCCUGCCAUGUCGUUGGCCAGGGGCUGGUAGCUGCCGCAGGGAGGGGGAAGUUCACUGACGUUGACCACAGUUUCCCAGCCACUUCCUCCGCCCCUCCCUGGGUGCUGCACGGUGCUCCUCUAUACUCCAGGUUCCACACAGUCGAUCCAGACGGGGCCUGCCGGUUCAGUAGUUGUUUUCGUGGAGGGACUGGUUCCUGGAGCCUCCUACUCUGCCCUCUCCCCACAUCCUUUCCAGAACUGCUAAAUUUUGACUUUGAAUGUUUUCCCCGCUCCCAGCUGACUUUUCUCUUAUCAUCUGUAAUUGUUGGUGUAAAAAUCACAGAAGCACUGCUUUUCAUGCCUUUGUGGAAGAAGGUGGGGUAUGCGCAAGGGUUUUGUGCAUCCGCAGCUGCGUUGAGGAAGUGCUCUGUAGAAUGGAUUCCAGUUCCAGCUGGGACUCAAGAGGGCCAUCGGAUUUCAGAGCCAGAAGGGACCUUCGACAGAAUUUUAUUCAGGAAUAAAUUGAGGCUCGGGAGGAGAGAAGGACUUUCUAAAUUCAACAAGAUCUAUGAAUUUGACUAUCACCUCUAUGGCCAGAAUGUUACCAUGAUAAUGACUUCGGUUUCUGGACAUUUGCUGGCUCAUGAUUUCCAGAUGCAGUUUCGAAAAUGGCAGAGCUGCAAUCCCCUCGUCCUCUUUGAAGCCGCAAUUGAGAAGUACUGCCCAGAGAACUUUGUGGACAUCAAGAAAACCCUGGAACGAGAGACGCGGCAAUGCCAGGCCUUGGUGAUCUGGACGGACUGUGAUCGAGAAGGUGAAAAUAUUGGGUUUGAGAUCAUCCACGUUUGCAAGGCUGUGAAGCCCGGCCUGCAGGUGCUGAGAGCCCGUUUCUCAGAGAUCACCCCCCGAGCCGUCAGGGCAGCCUGUGAGAACCUGACCGAUCCCGACCAGCGGGUAAGCGACGCGGUGGACGUGCGGCAGGAGCUGGACCUGAGGAUUGGUGCUGCCUUCACCAGGUUCCAGACCCUGAGGCUUCAGAAGAUUUUCCCUGAGGUGCUGGCAGAGCAGCUGAUCAGUUACGGCAGCUGCCAGUUCCCCACGCUGGGGUUUGUGGUGGAGAGGUUCAAAGCCAUUCAGGCUUUUGUGCCAGAAACUUUCCACAAAAUCAAAGUAACUCACGAGCACGAAGAUGGCAUCGUCGAAUUCAACUGGAAGAGGCAUCGCCUCUUUAACCACACAGCUUGUCUUGUUCUCUAUCAGAUGUGUAUGGAGGAUCCCAUGGCAACUGUGGUGGAGGUCAAGUCCAAGCCGAAGAGCAAGUGGAGGCCUCAAGCAUUGGACACUGUGGAGCUGGAGAAGCUGGCUUCUCGCAAGUUGAGAAUAAAUGCGAAAGAAACCAUGAGGAUUGCUGAAAGACUCUACACUCAGGGGUAUAUCAGCUAUCCUCGAACUGAAACGAACAUCUUCCCGAGAGACCUGAACCUGGCGGCACUGGUGGAGCAGCAGACCCCGGACCCGCGCUGGGGGGCCUUCGCCCAGCGCAUUCUGGAGCGGGGUGGUCCCACCCCACGCAACGGGAGCAAAUCUGACCAGGCUCACCCUCCCAUCCACCCCACCAAGUACACCAGCAACUUGCAGGGAGAUGAACAGCGACUGUAUGAGUUUAUUGUUCGCCAUUUCCUAGCUUGCUGCUCCCAGGAUGCUCAGGGGCAGGAGACAACCGUGGAGAUUGACAUCGCUGGGGAGCGCUUUGUGGCCCAUGGCCUCAUGGUUCUGGCCCGAAACUACCUGGACGUGUAUCCAUACGAUCACUGGAGUGACAAGACCAUCCCUGUCUAUGAGAGAGGAUCCCGCUUCCAGCCCAGCACUGUGGAGAUGGUGGAUGGGGAGACCAGCCCCCCGCAGCUGCUGACCGAAGCGGACCUCAUCGCCCUCAUGGAGAAGCAUGGCAUCGGCACUGACGCCACGCAUGCGGAGCACAUCGAGACCAUCAAGGCCAGGAUGUACGUGGGGCUCACGGCAGACAAGCGGUUUCUCCCGGGCCACCUGGGCAUGGGCCUGGUAGAAGGCUAUGACUCCAUGGGCUAUGAGAUGUCCAAGCCUGACCUUCGGGCCGAGCUGGAAGCUGAUCUGAAGCUCAUCUGUGAGGGGAAGAAGGACAAAUUGGUGGUUCUAAGGCAGCAGGUCCAGAAAUACAAGCAGGUUUUUAUGGAAGCGGUGGUUAAAGCGAAGAAGUUGGACGAGGCCUUGUCCCAGUACUUCGGGGAAGGGGUGCAAGUGGCCCAACCAGAAGAGGUGCACCCCACCCAGCCCCAGCCCAUCAGGAAGUGUCCGCAGUGUGGCCGGGCCAUGGUCCUCAGGACCCGGAAGAGCGGCGGGUACUACCUCAGCUGCACGGGUUUCCCAGAAUGCCGUUCGGCCAUGUGGUUUCCUGAUUCUGUCCUGGAAGCCAGCAGGGAUGACAGUGUGUGUCCAGUGUGCCAGCCACACCCCGUGUACCGGUUGAAGUUAAAGUUUAAGCGUGGUAGUGUCCCCCCGACCAUGCCUCUGGAGCUGGUGGGCUGCAUCGGCGGCUGUGACGAGACCCUGAGGGAGAUCUUGGGCCUGAGAGUUUCACAGGGCCCCCCCAGAGCUUGGCAGCCAGCCAGCCAGCCCUCUGGCCAGCUGCAGGCCAGCCAGUCCCUGAACAGAAUGGACAGCAGCCAGCACGGCCACCCCCAGCCUCCUGGCAUCAGACAGCCUGGACUGGCGGAGGCUCUGGCCCCACCUCACCUUCCGCCCACCGCCGCUGCCGAGGGCAACUCUGUGACCUGCAACUGUGGCCAGGAGGCCCUGCUGCUCACUGUGCGCAAGGAGGGCCCCAACCAGGGCCGGCAGUUCUACAAGUGCAACGGGGGCGGCUGCAGCUUCUUCCUGUGGGCUGACAGCAGCCCACGUGGAGCCCCGGGGCCGCCCCUCACAGCAUCACAGCCUCCACACAGCUCGCAGGGACACCCACCGGGUGCAGGGAGCCACCUGGGUGGGCCUGGCGGCACCUCCUGCCUGUGUAGCCAGCCUGCCGUCACGCGGACUGUGCAGAAGGACGGUCCCAACAAGGGCCGCCAAUUCCACACGUGCCCCAGGCCCCGUGAGCAGCAGUGUGGCUUCUUCCAGUGGGUGGACGAGAAUGUGGCCCCAGGCACCUUUGGAGCCACACCCUGGCCAGGAGGCAGAGGGAAAGCCCAGGGGUCCGAGGCCAGAGGCAAAAGACCCCGUGCCAAUUCCUCAGACUCUGGGGCCACGGCAAAGAAGACCCGGAAAUGUAGCCUUUGCCACCAGCCUGGACACACUCGCCCCUUCUGUCCUCAGAACAGAUGAGGGAAGGCGGAGCAGGCAGGGCCACUGCACCAGGCUCCCCGAUGUCUGCGAAGCGAGCUGGUUCCACAGGACCUGGUGGCCGCCCCUCUCGUGGAAACUCGAAAUUGCUACGGACACCACCCCUUGCCCAGGGCUCCGGAAGGGCCUUGGCCACUGCCAGAAGUCCCGCGAGGACAUUCAGGGUCAGCACCGAGAAAAGUUGGCAACCAGAGGAUUAACUGGGGGACUGGUGCACCCCCAGGGCCAGCUCCGAGCAGCCCUGUGCUCGUUCACGGCUGAGAAAGGUGGUGGCUCCUGUCCUGUAGUCGCACUUGCAGGGAGCUUUGUCCCCUCGCCGCUGAGGAGCUGCCACGGCCCGGCCACCCUGCAGGCCGUGAGCCUUAACAAAGGGCUCUUCCCCUUUGGUUCCAGCGGCCAUUGGUGCUGUGUCUGGGGACGUGAGCAGGAGCGAUGGGUUCAGAGCCUCCAGUGCUGGGCGAGCACUCGCCCCCAGGCUGCACUCCUCCUCUGUCGGGGCUCCCUGCCUGCCCCGCCCUCCUCCCUGCGCCCCUGGCAAGCAUCAGCCCCCUCCACACAGCCCCGGACAGCUGGUCCCUCGGAGCAGAGCAGAGGCCGGCCUCGGGCUCGUAGUGGGACUGCACCUGCGUGCAUUCUGGGCAAACAAAGUACCUCACUUGCCUUCGUGAGACUGUGAGGGGCACACAGCCACAUGGCCUUGACUUUGGAGUUUAGAGGGGUAGAAAUGGGGUGGCGAGUCCCUGAGUCCCGCUGCUAUCUGGGGAAGACGUGAGCUGCUUUCAGGCCUGGCGUGCUCAGCCCCUGCCUUCCCGCGAGACCCCUUGCUCCGUGCCCCGGCUAGGUGGCAGGUGGGGGUCUACAGAUUCCUGGGAAGGCUCCUGGGGCCUCGAGUCAGUGGGUGUGGGGUGACCCUGCCCGGGUUUACGGCUUUGCUUGUUCCUCCCCCAGCCCCUGGCACCUGCGCUUCGGGCCGGUGCGUGAGUGGAGCCACGUGCCCAUUGUGGCUGCCUUCCUCCGCUUAGCAGGACGUUCUCAAGUCCAUCUGGGUUGAAGGAUGGAUCGGUACUUCAUGGCUUUCAUCUUUAUAGCUGAAUAAUAUGCCAUUUUGUUUGCCCAUUUAUCCAUCGGUGGACAUUUGGGCUGUCUCCCCUUCUGGGCUGUUGGGAAUAAUGCUGCUGUGAAUACUCGUGUAUAACUUUUGGUCCAAGUCCCUGUGUUCUGUUCCUUGGGGUACACGGUGAGCCUGUGUGUGGCUUUCUGAGGAACCCCGCCAGCCUGCUGCCUCAGCAGCUGCACCUUCCCGUGCCCACAGCCAUGCACGAGGGUUCCACUUUCUCCAUAUCCUUGCCACCUUAGUCUAAAUUUUAAAUAAGUCCCAGCCCUCCUAGUGGGCAUGAAGUCGAACCUCACCGUGGUUUUGAUUUGCAUUUCCCUGAAGACCAGUGAUGUUGAGCGUCUUCAUGUGCUUACGGGUGUUUGUGUUUCUUCUUUGGAGAAGUGCCUAUCCAAGCUCUCUGCCCAUUGUUUUAAUUGGGCUGUUUCUCUUUGUUGUUGACUUGUAGGAAUUCUUUGUAUAGUAUGGAUACUAGAUGUGUUUGUGGUUUUUAAUCUUUUCAGAGAUAAUCCCUGUGUGUCCAUCUCAGAGCGAUUUAAAAUCCCCCCACCCUCCCCCGCUUUCCACACCAAUGUUGAGAGCCUCACGUGGCAGCAGGGGGUUGACCUGUCAUCACCUACGGAAGAGGAGGCAGGCUGGCUUCUGCAUGCACUUCCCCAUGGGUGGCUCUCCCCCUGGCUUUGCCGGGCAGUCUCCCACUGUCCCACAAACAUAAGAAAAAUACAACAGGAGAGCCCCAUGCAUCUGCUAGGUGGGGAGGGACUCGGGCCUGGCACAUACCUGCUACUCACUGGUCUUGGAGCAGCUGGCAUCUGAAGACGGACCCCUCCACCUCACCCCGCGCCGGCUCUCAGCACAGAGGAAGAUGGCCGAGGUGAGGUCACCCUCUGCCACUCCUUCCAGGCCUGCUGCAGGCAGGAACCUCCGGAUGUGCAGACUCGACCAGCUCACAUCUGCCUCCCACUUCCCCACACCACGGCGUAAAGGGGCGGAGCUUCCCCUUCCACCCCAGGGUGCCAGCAGCCCCUGGUGCCGACAGAUGCAAGCGCCUGGCCUGCGAGCUGGGCGGGGGCAGCCUGCGCCUGGGACUGCUGUCCUGAGUGCACGGCAGCCACGCUGCAGGGAGCCCCGUGAGCCGGGCCGUCCUGCCCACCUGCGGCUCCAGCCACCGACCUUGCUGGUCUAGAUGGGCCCUCAGGGAACCCGCCAAACUGCGAGGUGUUCCCAGCCGCCCCUGCAGCAUCACGUUUCCUCCGGGAAGAGCAGGUUUCUCCCCCAUUGCCUUAGCGUCCUCAGAGAAUUAAGUGCAACUAGAUUGUCACGUUAACUGGCAUAUGUAUUUUUUACAGACUCUUAUUUUCCUGAUUAUAAAAAAUCCAUUUGUGAAAAAUUAAAACGUUACAAACGUC